AUGAUUCCCGAAAAACAGAUUCCGACAACAGCUUUUGUUGUGGAGAAGCCGGGGGCUCCUUUUGUUCUUCAAGAUGUGGUUCUAGAUGAGGUCCGGGCGAAUGAGGUAUUAGUCGAGAUGAAGUAUACCGGUUUGUGUCAUACAGAUAUUGUCGUUCAACAAGGUGGUAUGCCCGUCGGCGAUUUCCCAGCCGUGUUAGGCCAUGAAGGUGCUGGAAUUGUGCGCCGCGUUGGCAACGACGUUGAAGAUAAGUCUCUCAAGGAGGGCGAUCUAGUCUUUCUCAGCUUUAGCUCCUGCUGUGAAAAGACAUGCACACCUUGUGGCGAAGACCGACAUGGUUUCUGUGACAAGAUGACCAACAUCAACUUCGCUGGUGCUCGCGGUCUUCAUGCUUCCGAUUCACCAAUCUCCUUCCCUGAUGGAAAGGGCUCCAUUCGAGGGCAAUUCUUCGGCCAGUCUUCCAUGAGUAAGCUGGCUGUGGUUGAUCAGCGCUCAGUCGUGAAGUCUCCUGCUGCAUCUGGAAUAACCGUCGAAGACAUGGCUGUCCUGGCUCCCUUGGGCUGUGGAUAUCUCACUGGUGCCGGCACUGUGUUCAAUGUACUUAAGCCAAAGGCUGGAAGUACAUUUGUCGUGUUCGGUAUGGGGGCAGUUGGUCUGGCUGCACUCUUCGCCGCGCGAUCUCAGGGCGUGGAAACGAUUAUUGCUGUUGAUAUUGUUGAUGCUAAGCUCGAGCUUGCAAAGUCCUUCGGUGCAUCUCACACAUUAAACACCAAGUUUAUCCCAGAUGCUGCACAGGCCUUACUUGAAAUAUCUCCUAAAGGUGUUGAUUGUGUUCUGGAUACCACCGGCGUCGUGCCUUUACUUGAGGCCGGUGUCAAAGCACUGGGGCAUGGAGGAAUCCUCAGUCUCGUGGGCGUGCCUCGUCCUGGUGUCACCAUGAACAUCAACCCUUUGGAUCUCAUGACUGGCUGCAAGCGUAUUGUUGGCGCGAUCGAGGGGUGCUGCAACCCUAAAGUGAUUCUUCCACAACUGAUUGACCUCUAUAAGCAAGGGAAGUUCCCAGUUGAUAAACUUGCCAAGAUCUAUACCCCCGACACAUUUGAGCAGGCUAUCUCAGAUUUGCACACUGGCAACGUCAUUAAGCCUAUCAUCAAAUGGUCGGAUCUAUAA